GAAAACUCGAUAGGGACUUCCUGUGGAUAAGUCCGUCCGAUGCUCAUCGGUAUUUUCCCGUUGAAGUUUGUGUUAUGCUGAGAGAGUCACUAGACAAGCCCAUGUAUCGGAGCGGAGAUCACGAUCGAAACCUGCCGUCCUGAACGGCCUAGAGAAUCAGUUUGGGAUACGUCGUCUCUGCUGUGUAUUGUAUGUGGAGUCGAUUCGCGAUCUAUUGAGAGCACUGCCGAACUUGAACUCUUUUCGUGCAGCUCGCAGCCUUUAGGAUUGGAUGUUUGCGGCUGUCGCAAAAGAAACUCUUCCUUCGGCCUCGUUUCGCAAAAACAACAUCUAAAGUUACAGAGAGCUUGAUGCACAUUUGGAUAAUUUCUCAAGUUAAAGACAAGGAAGGAGUAUAACGUUAGAGAGGAUUCGUUUCUGUCGAGUACCCAUUCAGACAACAGUGCAUUGCAUUGCAUUAUUGGGGCAUUGACACUUUCGACAGCCAUAGACUGUCCUAUCUUGUGCCCCUGUGUGGAAGCCGGAAGGCAAAUAACAAACUGACAAAAUGUCCAAGAAUAAGAUGCAUGGGAAGAACAAAAAUUUAUUGAACUUGACAAUAAUGCCAGUACCAGCUGAAUCAAAUGGUGGUGCGGGCCAGAAACCACAGACACAAUCUGCAACGUCUGCUGCAACAACAGAGAGAAACACCUCAGGAAUCAAAGUUGAUGCUCUGGCAAAGAAACUGAACAAUCUUGAUCUUAAUGGACCCCAAAGGAAACGUCUUGAGGAAUUCCUCACAAACAAGAAAAAGGUUAUGGAAAUAGGAGAAUUAACCAACGACCAAUUUGAUGUGCUUAAGGAACUCGGAGCAGGAAAUGGUGGUGUGGUGACAAAAGUGAAACAUAAGGCUAGCAGUAUGAUAAUGGCAAGAAAGCUCAUUAAACUUGAAAUCAAACCAGCAAUUAGGAAUCAGAUCAUCAGAGAACUUAAAGUGCUUCAUGAGUGCAAUUCACCAUACAUUGUGGGUUUCUUUGGAGCAUAUUACAGUGAUGGAGAGAUCUGUAUCUGUAUGGAAAACAUGGAUGGCGGCUCGUUAGAUCAAGUUAUGAAGUCAGCACCACAUGGAAGAAUACCAGAAAAUAUCCUUGGCAAGGUCACAGUUGCAGUGUUAAAAGGGCUUAGUUAUUUAAGAGAUGUUCACGACAUUAUGCACAGAGGUAAGUUAAUUAUUAUUUGUGGUGAAGUGAAAAAAGCCUCAUUUGGACAUGGUGUGGCAAAGAGGAAAAUUUUUGCUUUUCACCUUUUGGAUGGAACAGAACACCCUAUCAGCAAAUGCUGUUUUUUCGAAGGGGUCCAUAAACUUUGCAACUCCGGUUUGGGAGUUGUGAGGUUGAAAUUUGAAUUCAUGCCCAAAGUUGCCAAAAUGCCAUCCUAGGCCCCAUGAUAAUAAAGCUUAGUAGUUGAUUGUGGGGCUGGUUUCUUUAAUUGAUUGCAUUGAUUAUUGUGUUUGAUCAAUUGUGAAUAUCAGCCCGGUGUGUUGGCUCAAUUGGUAGAGCGUCCGUCUCACAAUCUGGAGGUCGGGAGUUCAAACCCCGGCUGCGUCGGACCAAAAGACGUGAAAAGAUGGGAGUUGCUACAUCGAUCAGGCUCUACACAGUGGCUGCCAGGCCAAUGAUUAAUUGGGCAAAGAGAAUUAUCAGAGUAUUUCUAUUUCAAAUUUCAUUUUGAAAAAUAAAACAUGGAUUUUCAUUUUCUUGAUCAAUGGCUAAGCCUAUGUUAAAGGCCCCUGAAGUUGGAAGAUACUGAUCAAUAUCGCUAUAAAUUGAAGUGUGAAUCCUUCUCAUCAAAUUAUCAAUAUUUGUGAGCUUUAUGACCAACACUUGAGAGUGUGUGGUUCAUAUUACACUACAUGUACUUCAUAUCCUGUAUGAUGAUUGGUUCAACUCGGAUCGUGUGACUAUAAACAGAUUCUAGCUCCGAUGUGAAUGAUGACAAAAAACGCCCAUGAAGAAAAUUUGCUUUGCCAAGGUGUCAAUUAUUGGAAGGUGAAAAAAAUAGUAAUUGCCAGUCCAACCUCGGAUAAAUAAUUCCCCACUAUUCUUUCUCAAAGCCUGAUACAUUUGUAUACUAUAAGAUUUUGAAAUUACCCCAGUGAUUUAAAAAAUAUAUUUUUGUGUUGCCAUGAGUCACUUACAUUGCGCACACUAUGCAUGGGACUGUACACAAAUAUUUGGCCCAGACAUUUGAGUUUUUGCUCAUACUUCUUUAAUAUCUUUUGAGCAACCCAACAGUUAUCUUGGCAUAAAAAUUAUGGUUAUUAUUCCCCUGCUCCCCUAAAAAAAAAAUCUUUUUUUUUGCGUUUUGGCUAGGAUCAUGACCAAAAUAGAUUUUCAUGUAAAUUAUCAAAAUAUAUUCACUAGCCCUGUCCUCUUUUUCUUCUACACCAUCCUCCACAUCAUAUUUUUUUAAAUUUUGAGGGGAUUAACUAAACUUUGAGAGACUUUAAUCUACUUGAUCCUGAAGUGAAAAUGUAUCAAAUUAUUCCUGUUCCAUAAAAUUAUGUGAAUUAAACAAAUUAUUUCUUCAAAUACAUGUAUGCCAAUCUCGUUUUUCAAUUAGCAUAAUUUGCUUUAAUGAUUAGAACCACAUAACGAGAUGUAUUUUGAAAUGUUUUGCAUCUCAUUGUGAUAUUUCUUGAGUUGCUUUCACCUUCUUUGUUUGAUGUGACUGAUUUUAAUGAAAGUGUUUCUGGCUUGGCCAGCAUGAUAUUGCUCGUUUGUAAGUGAUAUCGUGGGAAGUUUUCUUUCUCAUUGCCUGAAAUUCUUGAAUUUAUAUUUGGUCUGCUUUCACCUUGCCAUCCCAGAGAUUCCAUGGAUAAAAUUGUAAAAAUGAAAUGGAAAGAUACUGUGUAAGGUGAUGGAAUGAAAGCUGAAUUAAAUUGUGAUGUUUUCUCAGUCUGUAGAACCAAAAAAUAGUAAAAUAUUCAUUUCUGUAGAGCUAAAAUCUCUGGUUUUGCCUUCUCUCUACUAUGUGUGGUGUUACAAGAAGUGUAGGCAUAGAAUAUAACAAUUUCACUAUACAUGGUUUUCAUUUGUUACUAUGGCGAUCAGUACCUGUUGUAUCAACAACUUAUAUUGCCCAUUUUCUUUCCUCAUCUGAUGGAUGGAAAAUUUUACUAUUUUGUAAGAAUAUAUUUCAGAGUCAUUGUUUUUUCUGCUCCCACAUUACAUUAUGCACAUGGGACUGAUGUCAUUGAUUGAUGCUAUAGAAAGGGGGUGUAUUGUUUUAUUUAUAAGAAUGAAAUCAGAAGCAUGCAGGCUUGAUUUCACACUUUAGGCAUAUUCAAGUUCAACAGUAUUUGAUGUUGUGAUAAUGGUACCGGUAGUAAAAAUUACAAUGACUGUCCUUCAGUAUUCUGUACUUGUACAGUGUAUUUCUCAGAGAAUAAUUUUCCUCAUCCUUUGAACUACCACUUUGUUUUGAAUUUGUCUUACAGCUAGAAUUAUUAUUUUAGUUCUUUCUGGGGUUUGUUUUACUAGUGAUUUUUUUUUUAUUUGGUUUUACUAGUGAUUUUUUUUUUAUUUGGAGAUAAAAUAUUAAACAAUUUUCCUGAUGAAAUAACCCCUGUUAAGAUAUGGUGCCACAAGCAAAGUUCAAGAACUUUUAUAAAGCAUCUACAGAAAUUUAGUCAUGCUGACACAAUAAAAAUACAGGCUUGUCAUCCCUCGCCCCUUUUCUCUCUCUUUCUUCCAUUCUUUUUAUCUAUCUAUCUUUCUUUCUGUCUGUUUUUUUAAAUUUCAGUGUGUGCUGAUAUUUUGGACUUUACUGUCUCAAAGUUCUCGACCAUUAAUUCUAAAUUGGCUUUGAAAUGUUUUCUCAAACUCAAAUAGAAUUAGGAUGAUCCAUGAGUCAAAUAAUUGCCUACAUUAUUAUUUUAUUUAUAUUAUUUUUUUCAAACCAGAAUAUUGUUUUUUUCAAACCAGAAUAUGCUAUAAACAUUAACAUUGCCCAAGAAAGAUACAUGGUGUACCGUGAAACCUACUACACUAUUCUUCUUCGCCAUGGAAACCUUCAGAAGUUAGAACAUGGUGUAAUUUACAAGAGGCAAAUUUGUCAAAGUUCUGAGGUCCCAAUAGAUUUGACUUGGACAGAUUAAUAUGUAAACCCCCAAUCUAUUUAUAAAAUGUUUGAAACCAUGUUAUAAAUAUGGAAGUGCUUUCAUUUUCUUUACAAACUGAAGGGGCGUGUUCCAAAUUUUCAAAGAAUUUGUCACCGUCUUCAGUUAACAAGAAUGGUAUUUGUAGGUGUAUUAUAUGAUAUCAUUUAUAUCAAUAUCCAAACUCAGAUACGUAAUGCAGGUCAUUAAAAAUAAAAAAUGGGAAUCCGCCCCUACUUACUGUAACGGUAAACCUCUCAAUUCUACUCAUCCGCCCACGGACGAUCUCCAUCUUUAUAUCUCAUACAGUACUGUACAUCUAAAGGUCCACACAAAUGGGAACAUUCCAUUGAUUUUAUUGAAAUAGAGUUAGGAUGAUCCAUUAGUCAAAUUGCCUACAUUUUAUGUAAAAUAUAAGCAUUUUUUUUUCAAACCAGAAUAUGCAAACAUGAUUAAACAUGGUGUAAUUUACAAGAGGCAAAUUUGGUCAAAGUUCUGAGGUCCCAAUAGAUUUGACUCGGAGAGAUUAAUCUGCAAACCCCAAUCUAUUUAUAAAAUGUUUGAAAUCAUGUUAUAAAUAUAAUGGAAGUGCUUUCAUUUUCUUUACAAACUGGAGGGGCGUGUUCCAAAUUUUCAAAGAAUUUGUCACCGUCUUCAGUUAACAAGAAUGGUAUUUGUAGGUGUAUUAUAUGAUAUCAUUUAUAUCAAUAUCCAAACUCAGAUACGUAAUGCAGGUCAUUAAAAAUAAAAAAUGGGAAUCCACCCAUACUUAAUGUAACGGUAAACCUCUCAAUUCUACUCAUCCGCCCACGGACGAUCUCUAUCUUUAUAUCUCAUACUGUACAUCUAAAGGUCCACACAAAUGCUGGUACAUCUAGAUGCAUGUGCUAUCAUGGUUCAUUUUUACGUUUGCUUACAAAAGAUCAGAACUAAAUCUAAAAAAGAGAUUCUGUUUUUAUGAGUGGGAGUUUUCUGAUAAAGGACAGCAAGGGAAUGGGCUGGGGGAUUUACUUUAAUAGUAAGAUCUUUGGUAUGCAUAUUGCUUGUAUCCACCCACAUAUAUUUUCAAAGGCAUUGAUUAGAGUUGAAAUGUUUGUAGUUUAAAUUAAUUGGGUCGAGGGAUAAUUUGUUUCUUCAGUUUGACAUUUAUUGAUCUUACAGGGAUACUUGCAAAGCAACUCUUUUUGACAUGUGAAAAAAUAAGAUCCACUCCAAGAGUCCAUGUAUUAAUAAUAGUAUAAGGAUCAUUUUCAUCAUCAGAAAAUAGGGCAAGACCACUUUUCAAAGGGCACAACUUUAUAUUACAGCACAAACUGUAAAAGGGCUGAAAAAUUACCCAAGGGUGGUGAAAGGGGCAUUGAGGCCAAACAUUAAAGGACAAGUCCACCCCAACAAAAAGUUGAUUUGAGAAUGAAAAGAGAAAAAUCCAACAGGCAUGACACUUAAAAUGUCAUCAACAUUGGGUUGUAAAAUAAGAAAGUUAUGACAUUCUAAAAUUAUGCUUAAUUUCACAAAACAGUAAAUACGCACAUCCCGCUUGGUAUGCAAGUGAGGGAACUGAUGACAUCACUAACUAUUUCUUUGCAUUUUAAUUUGAAAAAAAUGAAAUAUUCUAAUUUUCUCCUCAUUUCCCUGUGAAACAAAGUUUUAUUUAUCCCAUAACUUGUGGAAUUACCAUUGUUUAACAUUUUAUGGUUCAGUUAAGUUGGCUCUUAUUGUCAAUCUGUAAAAAUUGAAAUAUUGUAGAAUUC